CUACCUCUGGCUUCUGUGGAACGCUUGCGAAAGCAUGACCUUACCGCGCUCGCCUUCAUGCGUGCCGACAGAGUCUCAUGAACCCUUCGGAGCAUGCAGUUUAUCCAGGAUUUAACCCGACCUGUACAGCGGUCGCGGAGCGUCGCGCUGCCCAUAGGAUGGAAGAAGGGCGGAUGAAUAGCCGUGUGUCGCGAGCUGCUGCUCCUUGUCUGCCGCAGAGAGGCCAAGGCGACCAUUCCUAGUUUUUCAGCUCAGACGCCUCUCAAGCACCGGAUCGCGCUAUCAUUCAGACAAAAUGCGUCUCUCUAUCGCUUUCGCUGCCUCGCUCAUCGCCGGCGCCGCUGCCCAUGCCACCUGGCAGGAGCUCUGGAUCAAUGGCGUCGACCAGGGUAGCUCUUGCGUCCGUCUUCCCCUGUCUAACUCGCCUGUCACCGACGUCACGAGCGAUGACCUUGCUUGUAACGUUACUCCGACACCUAGCAACGGCAUUUGCUCUGUCAACCCGGGCGAUCAGCUCUCGGUAGAAAUGCACCAGCAGCCAGCUGACCGUUCCUGCGCGACCCAGGCCAUCGGUGGAGACCACUACGGCCCAAUUAACAUCUACAUGGCCAAGGUCGACGAUGCAACCACGGCGGUUGGCUCUGCGGCCGACUGGUUCAAAGUUGACGAGAUGGGCCUUCCGUCGAGCAACCCUGACUACUGGGCGACUGAGGUCCUAAACGAUAAUUGCGGCCACUUCACCUUCACCGUUCCCGAGGGCAUCGCUCCGGGCAACUAUCUCAUCCGUGCUGAAGUGAUCGCUCUUCACGUCGCUAGCAGCGUUGGCGGCGCUCAGUUCUACAUGUCCUGCUUCCAGGUUAACAUUGGCGGCUCGGGCAGCGCUGAGCCACCCACCGUCAACUUCCCUGGUGCCUACGUCGCUACUGACCCAGGUAUUCUCAUCAACAUUUACCAGCAGCUCAACAGUUACGCCAUCCCUGGCCCGAGCCCAUACAAUCUGCCAUCGCCUGCCGUUGCGGCGACGGCCUGGCCGACGACGGCAACCUGGAACACCGCGCUCCAACCCUCGACCGUCCCCACUGCGGUGCCUGGCGGCGGCGCUGCACCCACCUCCGUCGGCGGUUCGAGCCCGACUUCCGCACCGGCUUCCGUACCGAUUUCCGCACCGACGACCGUCUCGCACGUCAGCACCGGCCCGUCAAGUGCGCCUGCCGCGCCGACCUCUGUAGCGCAGCAGUAUGCCCAGUGUGGUGGCCAGGGCUGGGCGGGCCCGACGGUGUGUGCUUCGCCCUUCACCUGCACGGUGCUCAACCCCUACUACUCCCAGUGCACGUAAGGAGCGGCAGCCUUUCGCCUCGACUCACCCUGGACGGAUGCUCUAUGCAGGCUGUUCCGAGGAGUAUGCUUUAUCUUAUCAGCGCCUCUGAUCUGUACAAUCAUCACCAAAAUGAUAACGGACUUGUUUCUCUCACCGCG